AUGGUGGGAGAUGCUCAUUAUAUAUAUGGAAUUUACAAAACUGCUAAAGAGUUUGCAGAUGCAGGAAUCGCUACAUACUUUUAUAGAUUUUCAUAUGAGGACAAACACUAUCGAACCUCUUCGUAUAAAAAUCUUCAUGGAGUUCCACAUGGAGCAGAAUAUAAAUAUUUAUUCAAGCCAAGAGUUGGAUAUUUCGGUACCGAAUCAGAUCAACUUAAUCAAAAAGAUAAAAAAGUUCAAAAAAAAUUAUUAACGAUGUGGAAGUCUUUUGCAGAAAAUGGUAAUCCAACUCCUGCAAAAUCGCCUGUGGAGUGGAAGAAACUUGGCAAAGUUGAAACUUCCUAUUUAGAUAUUGGGGAAACCUUAACGAUGAAAACUAUGGAUGAACAAUCUCGAAUGGACACAUGGGACAAAAUAAUGGCUGAAUGCAAAAACUAA